AUGGCGAGCUCAGAGGACACGGUCAGUAAGGACUGUUUCGACACCGACCAGGAGAAGGCCGCCGUGGUUAACGCCAGCUCCGAUCUCUCCCCUCGCAGCGGCGGCCGUCCAGAAUGCUUCAGCAACACGUUCCAGGAAUGUCUGUUCGUCUUGACGGCGACGAUGGCUAUCGGCCAGACUUCCUUCUACCAGGGGACCAUUGUCGGGAUUACGGCGUCGAUUGGGAGUGAGCUGGGCAUGUCGGCGGCAGAGAUCACCUGGAUCAACGCUGGGGUUUCACUCAGCAGCGGUGCGUUCCUUUUGACGUUCGGGAAAUUGGCCGAUAUGUUCGGCCGCAAGGCGCUGUUUAUCUUCGCCAUGGUCGGCUUCACCCUCGCCGUCUUGAUCGCCGGGUUCGCCAAUACCCCCAUCUACAUGGAUGUGUUCUCGGGCAUCGUCGGUCUGUUCGCUGCAGCCGCCGUCCCGCCUGCAGUGGGUGCUCUCGGGGCCGUGUACGAGAAGCCAUCCAAGAGAAAGAAUCGCGCCUUUGCGUGUUUCAGUGCCGGGAACCCGUUGGGAUUCGUCGGCGGCAUGAUUGUCUCUGGUAUUGCCUCCUCCCAGUAUAACUGGCGGGCGUCGUUCUGGGCAUUGGCCGUCUUGUACGCUCUCUUCACCAUCAUGACCCCCUGGACCAUCCCGAAGGAUACCUUCCAGCGAAUGUCGGUGUCGAGGGAGUCUUUCAAGAGAUUCGAUCUGUUCGGAACCGCCCUGAUCGUCGUCGGGUUCGCGUGUUUCUCUAGCUCGUUAUCACUUGCAGGAGACGCGCCACAUGGCUGGCAAACCAGCUACGUAAUCGCUCUUAUCGUCAUCGGUGCCGUCUUGCUGGCAUGCUUCCUGUACUGGCAAUCGAAGGCAGCGUAUCCGCUGAUGCCAUUGCAUGUCUGGCGGGAUCGGAACUUUUCAGUGCUGAUGGCUGUUUUCUGCCUCGGAUUCAUGGGCUUCUCAUCAACUACCUUCUGGCUCUCGCUGUACCUGCAGGAUGUCAAGGGUCUCUCUGCACUGGAAAUCACCGCCCAACUGCUUCCCAUGGUCAUCGGCGGAGUGCUCGUCAACGUUAUCUGCGCUCUUGUUUUGCACAAGAUGAGCAACACGGUGCUUAUGGGGAUCGGAGCCCUCGCCUAUGCGGCUGCCUUUCUUAUUCUCAGCUUUCUCAAAGAAAGCGCUCCAUACUGGGCAUUUAUCUUUCCUGCAUUGGUUCUGGUUGUGGUCGGAGCAGACAUCACAUUCAACGUCACGAACAUGUAUGUCAUGUCCUCUCUUCCGCCCGAGGAGCAGUCCGUCGCCGGCGGCAUCUUCAACACGGUCAACAAGCUCUGCAACAAUCUCGGCCUGGGGAUCGCAACGUCUAUCUACUCGUCCAUCAGCACGGAGCUCGGCGACGGAUCCACUGCGGUCAGACCGUACCUGACCACCUUCUGGUUCGCCGCCGCAAGUGCCGGCUUGUCUGUGUUCCUGGUCCCCUUUCUUACCCUUGGGACCCAGGGCGGCCCUGCACCAGAGAAGGCGGAAGAGAUCCAGGAACCAUCGGCUGACGAGAAACCGGCCAGGACAGAAAGAGAGACAAUAGUCUACCCUGAAGCAGAGAUAAUGGUCUAG